AUGAUCGUUUUGACCAGGCAACAGCCCUCGGCGUCCGUCAUCAAGUCCACCGAGUUCUGCCUUAUGGCGGGCGAGUUGGAGCAGCUGCCGAAGGAUAAAUUGCUGGGUCCGGGAAUGCUGUGCGACGUAGUGAUCAUCAUUCGUCAAAUCAGUAUAAUUUCUCAACAAUGACGAGUUCUCUUUUUAGGACGACGGGGGGUGAGAACGCCGCUCCUUCUUUCUCUCGCUCGUUUUUUGCCUGGGAACAACCGAUAAUGAUUAUAUACAGGAAUCAGCACGCAAGACACGAGCGGGGCGCGACCUUCGAGACCUUUGAUACACGACUUUCCCGUCCUUUGAUACACACGCAGAUGGCCGCAAACGCGUUUGCAAAUAAACGACGAAAGAGAAACGGGGCGAACCAAAAACAAGCAAGACGACUUUGUGUGAAAACGAAACCCGAGACUCUUGAAACAAGAGGUCAUAACACAACGCCGGACCGGUGGUCAAAACGUAAAACAUUCGCGAUCUGAACAUUUUUGUUGGCUGCGUCAGAACAGGGCAAGCCGCCGCAAUAAUGGGUUCAAAAAGUGAAGGGAUUGAAAGCCACAACAUCAAAAUAAAGGAGCCAAAACAUUUGAGAAACAAACAAGAGACCGAAGAUCCGUUCGAGACUUUCGUAAAACCCCACCACAAAAAAAAUAUGUAAAUGGAAAGGCGAGGAGACAAACAAGAUUUCGUCAGGACAAAUGACCGACGCAAACACGAUAAAUCAAACGAAAGCAGGUGCUGAGAUCAGUAUCAAGGCCAUUCGAGGGGAAGCGAUGAAGAGACCAGACAGAAGGCCAUAUGAAAUCGCGGAUCGCCAUAAAAACAUGAGGAAAAAGUCAUGGGCUCCUCAAAAUAAAAGAUCGUAUAUUCAACAAGGUCGUUUCUAACGAACAGAGAAGAUCGGCGGUUCCAGAGAGCCUCACAAGACCCCGACCACGUGAGAAUGGGCCGUUUUCGGGGCGGCGACGCGGCCGUGACAUCAUUUCCCGAACGUUCGCUGAUCAGCCAUCAUCGAAUGUGGGGUUUUUUGAAAUCGAAAUGGAGCGCGCUUGGAAUUUCAAAACGAUGGGAAGUGUGGGGGGAUUGUUUGAGCGUCCUCCAAAUGGAUUCGGCUCCCAUUUUCAUCGGAAUGACCGCUUCGCGAAAGGUGCCGCGGAAGUCACAAGGAAUUCCCUGAAUUGGUCGUAAAAUUGGCCCGCACAUGUUCGUGUGUUCCUCUAAUUUUGCGGGCCGUAUUCAUAAGCAAUUCGGACUGGGGCUUCUCUUUGCAAGAAUACCUUUAUUUUUCAGCCCAGAGUUCCCAAAAUACCCCCAGUAAACCGCGAUUGUUUGUAACGACCCAUGUCCUUUACAAAAACUUAUACGAAGACUUUACGGUUGCUUUUGUUCAGGCAAUGGUAUAAAAAAACGACGAACAAAAGUCGGGGACCUCGUGGAAAACGAUAAAAAAAGCAGCCGUUUAUUUGGUCGGGAAGGGGAGAAGAGCACCGCGGGGCAAUUACCUAUUAGAAUGCAAUAGCACCGGGCCAACCCAAGACGGGGGAGAAAAGUGGGGGUUAUGAGGGCGGCGGUAACACCUGAAUAAAACGUUUACCAAAACGACGCGAAAUUAAUUCCUCUUGUGGAAGAAAGGGAAGGGGCUGGCAGUUGGAAGAACAAGUGCGCGACAAGUUCAAACGAGGACAAGAGGGGCUUGAGUGGCGCUCGAGUGCACUGAUUGCCUUUGGAGUUUUGACCAUGUUAUGUAUGGUAAAAGCGCACCGAGUGGAUCAAUGUUUGACUGUUCGCAUUCAGUGAGACAGCGACUUUACGAAGGUAAUUUCCAAUCAAAACAAGGUUCCAUUAAAGCAAUCCUUUUUUACAAGAAAAGCGCUUCUAUGGGGUAUGGAGUUACAGAUCGAGUCAUAUACCAAAAAAUCGCAAAAUUUUUCUGAUUCAGAAUAUGUAAAAGUUAGCUGCCUAAUCUCGGUUUGUAAGGGUGAAAAAACCCUCGGAACUUUUCUCGAAACACCACGAAAAUGCCUUUUUUACCAAGUUUUAACCAAAUCAAAAGCUUUGCUUUGAGCUACAGUAAACCCUGACAUCUUGACAAGCCUUAAAAUAUCAUACUUGGUUAAUACUACACUUUAAUUAGUAGUUCCAAUAUAAAAAAGGGGCAUUUCUGUGGUGUUGCAAGAAAAGUCCAAAGGAUUUUUUUCACCCUUACAAACCAAAACUAGGCAGCUAUCAAUUCAAUUUCAAUUUAUUUACACUAAUCACAUGCAAAAAAUCAUGGAGUGUAUCAUAAUGGUUUCAUUGUCCGGUCAGUGUAAUAUCGCUCCAUCGGAGGCCAUGAUUCUUGCCAGCAUCGUCGAUCCAUCUCAUCCUGAAGCGCCCAACCGGUCGUGUACAAGGGAUGUCGAAUCCAUGCUGACCACUUUCAUUUCCAACGAUUUCUUGAAUUGCUCCAAUUUUCCCUCGGUUUGGAUUGAUCUAACAUUGACAGUAUGAACUUGAAAUCCAUUACGAUGAACAGCUACUGUCCCAGGCGCAGCCCUUUGUGCCCGCAACGGCAUGGGUGGACAGGAAAACCGACCGCUCUCCAGGAAGAAAAAAUCGGAAUCUAGGCAGCUAAUUUUUUCAUAUUCUGAAUCAGAAAAAUUUUACGAUUUUUGUGAUAUAUGACUCGACCUGUAACUCCAUACCCCAUGGAAGUACUUUCCUCGUUAGAAGAGGAUGACCACGAAGAACACUUCUUCACGUCCCGUCAGCCCUUGACGAAAGGUGAAAAGUCGUUCUUCGUGGUCAUCUUCGUCUAAUUGAAGCUUGUUUAGAUUCAAGGUGGGAGAAGAUUCGGAUCGAAUCGGUUGAAUAAAUAAUUGCAUUAAUCUUUUAUGGUAAUCCCCAAACAAUAUUACUCAUCUCUCGCCUGGACGAGAUCUUAUCCUGUCGGCGCCGGUUUCGGCGGAGCGUCCAUUAAAUAACGUCAGCUCUGAGUCGGAUCGCCGAGGUUUCGAAGCGCAUGGAAUUAGGGCGUCAAAGAGUUGAAACCCCCCAAUAUUGAAAUCUGUAUUCGGAGUGUGCACUUUGAAACGAUAAUCGUCCGGUGGGACUGAACUUUCGGACUCACAAUUAGAGCGGGAUCAUUCGGUUUGGCGGAAGUUCUACUGAUCCCGAAUCAACAUAAAAAAAAGAGAGACAAUGGAAUGCUCCCAACCAUAAUCCCCCCUUUAAAGAGCAUAUUUAAAAUAAAGACAGCUGGCUGAACACGAAAAAACUGACGCUUUUCCAGUUUUUUUCGUCGGAGAAAUGCAAAAACCCCCCGUUGUCCUCAAAUUAUAUCUAUCGCUAGGACACGAACGACCGAGACGACCAGAGAGAGCGGACCACCGCCGGAACGACGAGCGCAACAAGUCCAGCAGUUAAUUGACGCAAUAUUCCCCCCGGUGAUUCCGCCCGCGUUCUCAGCAAAUCACUCAGCCAAACACGGAGGAUUUGCACUUUUUGAUUCAUUUUUUAUGCGUCAUUCGCCCUUUUCCUGACUCCAUUCCCCCACCUCGAGUCGGUUGCGGGCAUGCAUGAAUGGAGAUUUCCCGCAGGAAAUCACGAAUUUCGAUAGAAUGAUCAAAAGAACCAUUUCAUACAAAAAAUGAAUCGAUUUCAUCAUUCCCGAGUCCAAAUCAAUCUCAAGACUCGUGUUUGAUUCAUAUUCGGCACGCUUCUCAUGACGUGUACUGUUAUCAACAAUCUUUCGCAAACAUUGUUUGUAUUUUCCUUCUUGUUUUUAAAGUACGCACUUCUGGAAGCCUAGCAAUACACUUGGCCACCUGCAAAUUAAUUCCCGUCGGGACCCAAAAAGGGAUUUGAAUUUAUUUGUAUACGGUAGAAAAAAUAUUUUUUUUGCGGCUGCCGCCGGAAAUUUUAUUGUUUGAUAUUGCGAUGGAUUGAUCUCAGUAAGUUAUUUUAUGUUUAUUUUCGCUUGUUUCUAGACGGCGAGCUCAGGGACGGUUGGAGAAUGUGGUUUAAUAGCUGGUUUUUGUGAUUUCUUUCAAAAUUUGUAUUAUCGUCUGAAGAAGCUGUAAAAAAACAUUAACAAGCUCUCUUAUACCAUCUUCUAUAUGUGUAAAUUACCAUUUCGACUGAAGAACCGUUUGUUGGUAAAAUUCCAAUAUUAUUCAUUUAUUUUCCUUGAAUUUUUAGGUUUGUGGACGACACCCACGUCAAUCAAUGCCACAAAAACGACUACCACAACGCCUACUACAGCCGCUUCGACUCCUUGUCUCCCGAUUAUCUGUGA